AUGUCAAGCAACUCUCACAGAUUAUUAAGAUCUAAAACUCCAGAAGUUUCUAUUAUGAAAGGCAAGUGGGAUGAGAGAUUUUAUCUCGGAAAAAUCCCAGUAAUGCCUUUAUCGAGAUUCCCAUUUAAAACAAGGAAAUCUUUUCAUGCCCCUCGUUACUCUAAUUCAUCAUCGCAAGCAAACUCAGUUUCAGCAUCAAGAUUCCAGUCACGGCCCAGUACUUCAUUUCGUACUUCUACUCCUCAGCGAUCAACUUCCCAGCAGAGAUUUACAAGAAACGAUACAUUCCGAGCAAUUUCCCAAAAAAGAUUUUCAUAUAACGACACAUUUUUAACUGUGAAAAAUAAGCUUGAAGAAUUUUGAGAUAGAAAAUCCAUUCCAGAGCCACUGAAGCAGGCAUUUAGAGAAUGUAUUUUUAGUUUGCCAUCAAAUAAAAGUAUUCCGAUAAUGUCCAAAGAAAUUGAAGACCUUAAAUCAAAUAAUGCACUAGUACAGAUUGCAAUAAAAUCUGUAGAAGACCGCGAAAGGCUGUUAAACCAAGUUAAAGAUUUGGUGAAAGCUUUUAAUAUGUCAAAAGAAUACGAAACUAUUAAAGACUUACAACUAGAAGCUGCAGAGACUUUGCAGACAUACAGAAACAUCAGCUUAAAUGUCGUAGAAAAUAUAGCGAGGUGAAGAGAGCACUUGGCAUAUGCUCAGUUAAUUGGAAUAUCUAAAGAAGCAAUCCAUCCAAGAAUAGUCCAAUUUAUAUGGGAAGGAGAAAAUUAUUUGAUAAAAAUGAGAAAUGAUAUUUCUUUUGUGAAUAAAACUGUUUUGGCAGCGUUCUUUAAAUUCGAUAAUAACCCGGAUACAUUUUUAGUGGUGCCUUCUAGAGUAACAGGACAAAAAAAGCCAAGUGAACUAAAGAAAGAGGAGUAUUAUUUUAAAAAAAGUGGGGACUUGAUUAUUCCGCUGCCUUCAAUAUUGUUAAAAAGAAUAAGAAUUGCUGAGAUGCUGAUUAUGGAAGAAAUAUUUAAUGAGCAUAGAUUGAGUUCUGGUGUAACUAAGCCAGAAAAUUCAGUGAUAAUUGAAUAUAGAUCGGUUGACAAUAUUAAAAGAGAAGAUCUGUCUCCAGAUAUAAGUGAAAAUGAAAGUAUUCUUGCUAAAGCUAUUGAAAGAGAGCGAAUGUCUUCAGAUAUUGUUGAAAAAGAAGCUAAUCCUGUUGAAAAAGAAAUUAUUCCUGCAAAAGAUGUUGAAGAAGAAAUUUCACCUAUUAAAAAUAGUGACAAAGAAAUUUUAUUUGAUGAAAUGAUCGAAGAAGAUAUAAUAUCUGACCAUAAUACCCUUACAAAGGCCAUGCCCAUUCAAAUUGAAGACAAACCUUCUGAUAAUAUUGAAAAAGAAAUUAAAUUUGAGGAAAGCCCGAAACAAAGAGCUUAUAAAUUUGAAAUAAAUAUGAAUUUAUUUGAUGCUUUGAAUAAGAAUAUUAUAAAAUCGAUUAAAGAAAACUCCACAAAUGAUAUUCUUAGACUUAGAUUAAUUAAUUCCGCUUCUAGUUUGGCCUCUUGGUGAGCAGGACUAUAAAGCCGGUUUUAGCCGCUUCCCCUGAUUUUAUGUACGGCGCGCUGACAAAGGCCACUCCUUCUAACCUCCGUGAAGCCAUUUAAAGUCCCAGAAGCCCCGGAAAAACUAGCAGCUUGGUGCAUUCUUGCUCUAUCCGACUUUCCUCUCUCGCCUAUUCGGCCUAAGGAUUCUGCCUUAUCGGGCAGUGGAAAGAGCUAAAGCACAAUGCUUGUAGGGUUCGAAGUAAGAACAUCUUCAUAAUUGUUUCCCUAUUAGACAGAAGUGCACGUGUAAAAAACCUAACCCCAUAAAAAUAAAAGUUGAAUGAGGGAGAGGAACUUCAACGAGGGAAUUCUCCUCUCAUCCGAAGCCAUUUUAUUUUUAUCCACAAAUGAUAUUCAAAAAUCAAUUAUAUGAGAUGAAAUUUCUAAUGAAAUAAUUUCAGAGCAAAUUUCAAAAUUUUCUUUUGAAAUUUCUAAUGAUUUAUAUGAGCAAGCUAAUUUAGCUGGGAUAGUUUUUGGCGAUUUACUUUAUGAAGCAGCCGAAAAAAUGUGUAAAAGUAUUCUUAAUAAUGAAAUUAAACUGGAAAGGGAAAACGAACAUAGAAAUCAAGCAUUGAUAAAAAAGAUUGCAGAUGAUGAAAACAUGAAAGUGGCUGAUUUAAUUUAUACUAGCUUGAUUAUUAGCCUUGCUUCUGAGAUUAGCCAACAAGAAAUAAUUGAUGAAAUAGAGUACAUUAGAACUUUAAAUGAUGAAGAAAUUGAAAACAAUAAGCUCUCUUACUCAUUAUUUAGUGAUUUAAUAUCGCAUUUAGUAGAAAAUCUCACAGAUAAGUUUAUAUUGGACGAAAUAGAAAGUUAUGAAAAAGAAAAACUUUUGAUCUCUGAUAUGAUAUUUAUGGAAUUUAUGAAUGAUUUAACAAUUGACAUUGCAAAUAAGGAAAUAUCUAAAGAAGAAUUUCGAUUGAAAAAGAUUAAAGAAAAGAAAAUAAUUUCUGAGAUAGCUGCAGGAUUAUUUCCUGAGUUCUUAUAUUCUCUGGCACAAGAAAUAGUUUUAGAGCAAAUAAUAGUUGAAAGAAAGAGGCUUCAAGAUAUUGCAGAAAUAAAAGAGAUAGAAAAUAUAAGAAUAUGUGAGAUGCUUAUUAAUGAUUGAAUAGCCAAAUUAGUAGAAGAAAUCUCGAAGAAAGAAAUAAAUGAUCAUAAACAAAACCUUAUAAAAGUUGAGCAAAAUGAAAAGAUCAUCAAAUCUAAAAUUGAUAAAAAAGUUUCCAAAAGGAUACUAGCAGGAAUUAUCAACGAAUGUAUAAAACAGAAUUUUAAUAUCAGAAAAUUAUCUGAAGAGUGGCUUUUGGAGGAAAUUGAAUCAAGCAGUCAAGCAUCGUCUGUGCAAGACAUAGGAUCAGAUACAUAUAAGUCAGAUGCAAAACUUAAAGAAGAACUGAUGCUAUCUUCAGCCGGGAGUUCAAAGUAUAAAAAUGAUGACUAUCCACCAUUAAAUUUUGCAACUGAAAAUAAUUUUCGAGGACUUCAAAAUUUUGAUAUAGCUCGGAUAAAAAUUCCAGAAAAUUUUUUGGAAACUUAUAUUCAAGAUUAUUAUCGUUUUUUGCCUGAAUUAUUUAAUUAUUUUGUUCCCCCAGUAAACUUGCUAUUAUAUGAAGAAAUAAUAAAAGGAAUUGACCCUAAUAUUUUGUGAAUUAAUAAAGAAAGCACAAUUCUUGGCUUGUUGGUCUGCUCAUUUGAUUCAGACUAUUCUCGAAGUCGAAGACUAAACAUAUACCAUAUAUCUUGUCUAAACGCCAAUUAUUUUAAAAUUAUUUUAGGUGGCGUUUUGGAUUAUUUAUGGGAAGAGCAUCCUUGCGAUGAAAUACGCUUACAUGUAUAUAAUGAGAGAAACCAAAAAUUUGAAGGUAUUCCUAAAGAGCUGAAGGACUGCUUGACAUACUUUCAAUUUAGAUAUAAAGCGCAAAUUCCAAAUUCUAUUGGAAAUGCGUCAGUUAUGGGAAAAUACCGACCUCCUGGUGUAUCUUGUAAAUUGAUUAAUUUAAAACAGACUGAUAAAGGAGUAAAAAAUGAGAUUUUGAUGGAUUUCACAACAGAAAAAACAAAUAUCGAUAAAUUUGACAAAUUAGCAUUUCUUACUCCCCCCCCCCCCUCCGUGAGCGAACAAAAAAAUUUUGUUCGCUCACGGAGGGGGGUUUAAUUUUUUUUUUUAAAAAAAAAUUUAUAUAUAAAUUUUAUAAAAAAUAUUUUUUUCGAAAUUUUAAAAAAAUCCUAAUUUUGCAAAAAUUGGGAAGCAAAUAUUUAAUUAAUUUGCAAAAUUUAUGUUUUAAAACGCAAUUUGUUUAAAAUUAAACAGAAUUAGCUCUAGAUUUCAUUAUACUAAUUAUCACUUAUAUAUCAAAAUUUUUUUUCCAUUAAAAUUUUUUCUAUUAAAAAAAUUUUUGUUCACUCACGGAGGGUGGGUUUUUGGUCAAAAAAUGGCGAUUUUUCUAAUGGUUUUGUUCGCUCACGGAGGGGGGGGGGGGAGUUAAAAUAUAA